GUUAACUUGCCGAGGUGUUGGCACGGUUCGCAGUCAUAAUUCAAGUUGGUUGAACAAUUUGUGAGUGUGAGUGAAUGUGCCGUAGCCGUGUUCAUAUUCAUGUGUUCGUCGAUAAUCAGUGUAGCUAACAGCACGCGGACAUCCAACAUGGUGGCAUAACAACAAUAUCGCUCUGCAGUCAGGUGUAAAAUGUCCAGCCUCUGCUGAUCUAUACCGUUGGAGCUGCUACUUCACACACGUGAUGAAGAGCAACGAACAGUGUGCUAGCUUAACGUUGCUCUCACAGUCGCCUCCAAGAUAUAUAUGUUAGCAGUGUCAUACAUUGUCUUCAGAUCAUUAUAAGGAUCAUGAUUUUCCACAUGUCUGUGCGCUCCAACCUAAUGCUACGGAGAGCAAAUCUGGCCCUGUGGAGAAUGUGGAGGUCAUGGAAGUUAAGCCAGCACUCCUCUACAGUUUGUGCAUCUUCUGGUCCCGGUCCCGGUCCUGGUCCCGGUCCUGAUCUCCUGUACAGAUCUGAAGAACUGUCUUCUGUUUCAACUGAAAAGCCUCCUCACACUCCUGUCAUGCUUAAAGAGGUGCUUCAAUACUUAGACAUCCAACCACGUCAGGUGGUCCUGGACAUGACAUUUGGAGGUGGUGGUCAUACCAAAGCAAUACUGAGUACAGCUCCUGAAGUCACAGUCCUGGCCUUAGACCGAGAUCCCACAGCAAUUUGUCUGGCCGAGCAGUUAGCCAAGGAACAUUCUGGUCGGGUGACACCGUUGCUUGGACGAUUCAGCGAGCUUGAAGCCCUGAUGUCUAACAUGAACAUUAAGCCAGGUAGCAUUGAUGCUGUCCUGUUGGAUGCUGGCUGCUCCUCCAUGCAGAUGGAUCAGGCAGAAAGAGGCUUCUCCCUCAGUAAGGAUGGGCCUUUGGAUAUGAGAAUGGAUGCAGACAGGUACCCCGACAUGCCCUGCGCUGCUGACGUUGUGAAUACCUUAGAUCAACAGGCUCUUGCAUCCAUCCUCACUGCAUAUGGGGAAGAAAGAUAUGCCAGGAAAAUAGCUUCAGCAAUCGUGGAGGCACGCCGUGUCAACCCCAUCACUCGGACACAGCAGCUGGCCAGCGUGGUGGCAGGAUCGCUUCCUCCUGCUGUCGUCUUUGCACGUAAAGACCGGCUCCACCGACGUGCACAUGUGGCCACUAAGACUUUUCAGGCUCUGCGUAUCUUUGUGAACGAUGAGCUAAACGAACUACAUGCAGGCCUGCGUGCUGCCCAGGCUGCACUGAGACCUGGAGGACGUCUCUGCGUGAUCACCUUUCAUUCGCUGGAAGACAGACUGGUCAAACGUUUCCUGCAGGGAAACGACUUGUCUAAUCUAGAUCAGUAUCACUUCAGCCCAAGGAAGCAAAGUACCAGGAAAGAAAAAAAAGAUGGUGGGAGUGAUUUUUGGCUUCCGCUGCGGAGAAAAGUGAUCAUCCCAGAGAAGGACGACGUAACGGAGAAUCCUCGAGGACGCUCCGCUAAACUUCGGGCAGCGCUCAGAUGUUAACCAUGAGAGAACAAAAAACUUUUAUCUGUUCAUCAAAAUAUUUGAGCUUUUGUACAACCAUGUAAAAUGUUACGAUUAAUACGAAAAACACGUAAAUGAAAGACUUCAGUUGAAUUUAGAUAAUACCUCUGCACUGUCUGCUGUAGAUGUUUUUUUCUUUUUUAUCUUGACUUUUCCUUUACUUUGGUACACAGAAGAAAUACAUUUGUUAGUUUCUAGCUUAAACCACAGCAGAGACCCAGGGUUUAAUCCUGUUAGCGACUCCUCUGGCUCUGUUGUAUGACCCACAGUUGGUAGCGUUCAAUGGUUUAGCCAGUGAGGGCUUUUACUGCAUUAGUGUCUUCUUUUUGUUGGUCAAGGUGCUGCACAGUGAUGGAUGAAUGAAUCCCACACUCAAUAUGGCUGCUGGUUGGAGCUCAGUUUAUAUUUAUUAUAUUUGUUUUCACUGACGGGUGAAAAAUAAAAACUGGCAUCAGAAACGAA